UUGCUCAAAUUUCUUCCUAGGUCAGUUCUUUUGAACCAUAUGGCCAGAGACCAUGCUUUCAACAUUGGGUUGCCAGACAACAUUGUAAACUGCAAUGAAUUUCUAUGUACAUUACAGAAAAGACUUGACAACUUGCAGUGCUUAUACUGUGAGAAGACCUUUCGGGACAAAAAUACACUUAAGGAUCACAUGAGAAAAAAACAGCAUCGUCGGAUCAACCCUAAGAACAGAGACUAUGACCGAUUUUAUGUCAUCAAUUACUUGGAACUUGGAAAAUCCUGGGAAGAAAUUCAAUUGGAAGAUGAUCGGGAGUUGCUCGAUCAGCAGGAAGAUGACUGGUCUGAUUGGGAAGAACACCCUGUCUCUGCUGUCUGCCUUUUUUGUGAAAAGCAAGAAGAAACAAUGGAGAAAUUAUGUGUGCACAUGGAGGAUGCACACGAAUUUGAUCUCCUCAAAAUAAAGUCAGAACUUGAAUUAAAUUUCUAUCAGCAAGUAAAGCUGGUCAAUUUCAUUCGAAGGCAGAUUCACCAAUGUAGAUGUUAUGGCUGCCAUGUGAAGUUCAAAUCCAAAAGAGACUUAAGGAUUCACAUGGAAGAAGCCAAACAUACAUCGCUGCUUCCUGAAAGACAAACUUGGGAUCAGCCACAGUAUUAUUUUCCAACCUAUGAAAAUGACACUCUCCUGUGUACCCUGUCUGAUAGUGAAAGUGAUCUGACAGCACAGGAACAAAAUGGAAAUAUUGCCAUCAUCAGUGAAGACACAUCUAAACUGUGUGCUUUGAAACAAAGCAGUAUUUUGAAUCGGUUGCUUCUACAUGAGCGCUUAAAAAACUAGAAGGAACUGACACAGAACCAACUUUCCUCGCUUUUCUCCUCUAAGGCAGACAUGAAGUAUAGUUUAAAUCUGAACAUCAGCAAAGUCCUUGGUGCAGUGAACUUUUUCAAAAAAUGAAUGUUAUU